AUGAUGAAUUGGACAGGCGGCCAACUGCAGCGUCAUCAUAAUCGCUCAGUACUGUUGACCAAAACUCAGAGACAGAAUUUUGCCAAGUCGAGACUCCAAAAGGGCACGGUCAUCCCCCCGCCUUCGCCAUUAUGUAACUUUCCUGAUAUUGGAUUCAAGGGCUCGAGCGCUAGGGACAAGGAUGAGGAGGAGACAGAGGCAAAUGGAAAUCAAGCCACGGAGGAGCCGGUCUCACGUUUGACUGGUGGUCAAUCCGCUCAUAGUGGUAAUGACUUGAGCGAGAUCAAGCGCCAACUGCUGAAAGAACCUGAUUGGGCAGCUGUAUCCGUCACACGUCCACUUGAGCUUGCAUUUACAUCUGUGGAGGAAAUCGAGCGGUUUGGGAAGCGACGAGUGCUAAAUGACAAGGACAGGAAACGGCUGAUGGCAGCUAACAACAACGGGUCUACUUUGUUUGAGCGACCCAGACCCCCACCAAGAGGCAGAAAUUCAUCCUCGGUGAUCGAUACCAUCGAAGAAGACAUCCAAUUCGAGUUCAGCGGACGACCAGUGGCGCAAUCCAAUGACGGCUCAGCAGUGGUCCCGAACAGCAUGUCAUCCCAGUCAAUGCUACUUGACCACGAAGGAUCACCUAUUAUGGAACAGAACCUGGGGAAAGAGAACCUAACGGCUACCUGGAUUACCAAUCUCUUUCCCCGUUCGCAAUGA